CGGGCGGCGGCGAACGCGGGGGGCGGGCAGCAAGCAGGCAUCGCUGGGCAGGGGACAAGCUAGCGGCGCGGAGUCCGAGGGGCGCGGGGGCGGGCUCGGGCCGGAGGCGCGGGGGCGGCGACCUGAGGAGAGCCUGCGGCCUGACGUGGCGGGGACGCGGCCGGCGGGAUCCCCGGGCGCGGGCGCGUAGGGGCCGGGAUCUGGCGCUCGGCCAGGGGCCAGGGUGCGAGGCCUCCUUAGCGCGGCUGCGGGCGCGCCGGCCUCCUGGCACCCGGGCGGGCCCUGUUGCCUGCUGCAGGUCCGAGUGCGGCCUUCCUGGCCGCGGCCCUCCGCGCUGGAGCGGGCGGCCUUGCAACAGGCAGGCGACUUGGGGCCGGCAUGACGAGCCUCAGUUCCCUGGAUCGGGCCUGGGGACUGCAGCCGUAGGAGCCCAGCCUCGCCGGCUUGCCCGGUUUCCUGAGAGGAGCCAGAGAUCGCUCUGUCAGUGCAAAAUCACCAGAGCGCGAAGCGUCGGCUGCCAGUUCUGACCAUUUUAGAUCCGGUGCGGGCCGAGCCGAGUGGAUCUGGGGCGGGCAGCGGGGCACCGCCACCUUCCGCGUGAGCUCCUCCCUGGGCGCCCUGGCUCCGGCCCUCCGCGGGGCCGGGCCUGGGCGCGCCGAGUGCCUCCAAGUCGGCUCCCUGGGAGAUUCUUCCAGAGCGCACCCUUUGGAAGGCUGCCCGGCUGGGAAUCAGGACCCACUCCCUCUCCUCUACCCCAGCCGCCCCCUUUGCCUUUGUGGCCGACCUUGCUUCAUGCUGCCAAGGAUUGAGUUUCUUUGAGGGGAUACUGCUCGUUCGGGGGCCCUACAGAAGACUGAGGGUAUCUACUCAGUAAAAUGUUACCGAACUGAAAGUUCCUCUGAAAUGAUUUUGACUGUGCCAUCCAUCACUUCAUAAAAAUUCAUCUUAUAUCCUUCAGUUUGUAGCUAUGUGGCACCUUAAGCUUCCUUUCUUCUCCCCACUGAAACUUCGAACAGUACAAAACAGGGGGAACUUGGCUUGUGAUGACUAAAAUUGGGGAUAUGAGACUGGGGAAGAGCUUCAGGCUAGAGUAGCCGUGUGUCAAGUGAAAAUGGGGCCCAGGGGCGGGCGCCGUGACUCAUGCCUGUAAUCCCAGCACUUUGGGAGGCCAAGGCUGGCAGAUCACCUGAGGUCAGGAGAGACUAGCCUGGCCAACAUGGUGAAACUCUGUCUCUACUAAAAAUACAAAAAUUAGCUGGGUGUGGUGGUACGCGCCUGUAAUCUCAGCUACUUGGGAGGCUGAGGUGGGAGAAUCGCUUGAACCCAGGAGAUGAAGGCUGCAGUGAGCCAAGACCCUACCACUGCACUCUAGCCUACACCAUAUAAUGAAACCUCUUCUCGACAAAGAAAAUUUGAAAAAUUAGCCGGGCGCAGUGGUGAGCUCCUGUUGUUCCAGCUUCUGAUGAAGCUGAGAUGGGAGGAUCACUUGAACCUGGAAGCUUGAGGCUGCAGUGAACCUCAAGCUGUCUCACCCCAGAUAGCCAGGACUACAGGUGUAUACCACCAUGCCUAGUUAAUUUUUAAAUUUUUUGUAGAGAAAGGGUCGCGCUAUAUUGCCCAAGGUGGUCUUGAACUCCACCUACCUGGACCUCCCAAGGCACUGGGAUUACAGGCAUGAGCCACCAUGCCCAGCCUACUUUGCACUUUUUUUUUUUUUUUUUUUUUUUUGGGAGGGACAAAGUCUGGCUCUGUCGCCCAGGCUGGAGUGCAAUGGUACAAUCUUGGCUCACUGCAACCUCCACCUCCUGGGUUCAAUCGAUUCUCCUGCCUCAGCUUCCCCCUUCCUAAGCCUUCCGAGUAGCUGGAAUAACAGGCUUGCGCCACCACGCCCCGCUAAUUUUUGUAUUUUUAGUAGAGAUGGGGUUUCCUCAUGUUGGCCAGGCUGGUCUUGAACUCCUGACCUCAGGUGAUCCUCCCAUGUUGGCCUCCCAAAGUGCUGGGAUUGCAGGCAUGAGCCACUGUGCCCAGCCUACUUUGCACGUUGUUUUUUUGUUUGUUUGUUUUUUGGUUUUGAGAUGGAGUCUCGCGCUGUCAUGCAGGCUGCAGUGCAGUGGCGCUAUUCUCCUGCCUCAGCCUCCCAAGUAGCUGGGAUUAUAGGCGCCUGCCACCGUGCCUGGCUAAUUUUUUGUAUUUUUAGUAGAGAUGGGGUUUCACUAUGUUGGCCAGGCUGGUCUUGAACUCCUGACCUCAUGAUCCGUCCGCCUCAGCGUCCCGAAGUGUUGGGAUUACAGGCGUGAGCCACCACGCCCGGCCACUUUGCACAUUUUGACUGUUGCCUAAUGUUCUGUCAAAUCACUGUGCCAUGACAUCUGUUCUCCUGAGGGCGGACGUUUUGGUGAUUUAAAACCUUAUAGAUGUGGUUUUAAAUGUUUUAAAUGUUUCACCCUGUGCUGUGCUCCUUCACAGCAGAGAAUUGAUUCAUUUUUUGGCACAUCCCCCUUAGCCCCUAGUUAGGUUUCUUAAAUUGUACUUGGUAAAUGUGCUUUGCCUGCCCAUGGACGAUGCCUUUCUGUUUUACCGUACUCGUUCUUGCAGUAGGUGUUUAGGGAGUAGCUGCCAUUUAUCCCUUCCCAAGAGAGCAGAGGCACUACUAUGCUCACAUAAAGUGAGGAGCCACCUGGGGGCUUGAUGUCUGUUGGGGUAGUCAGUUGUGGAGGUCACCCUCAGAGAAGGAGGCCCUCUUGACUCUGCGGUGGUCAUGGUGGUGAUGAGAAAGCUGAGGCGUGGAUAUAUGAGACAAGUGCCCAGAGUCUGUCAUUAGCAAGUGGUGCAGCCAGCCAUGGGGGCUUUUGAGAUGUUUGUGAGAUAAAGCCUCACCCCUCAAGAAGCCGGAAUCUCCUUGUGGUGGGUAAAUAGGCAGGUUUGGGCUGGGCGCAGUGGCUCACGCCUGUAAUCCCAGCACUUUGGGAGGCCAAGGCAGAUGGAUCACCUGAGGUCGGGAAUGCGAGACCAGCCUGACCAACAUGGUGAAACCCCGUUUCUGCUAAAAAUGCAAGAAAAUUAGCUGGGUGUGGUGGCGCAUGCCUGUAAUCCCAGCUACUGGGGAGGCUGAGGCAGGAGAAUCACUUGAACCUGAGAGGCAGAGGUUGCAGUGAGCCGAGAUUGCACCAUUGCACUGUAGCCUGGGUGACAGAGCGAGACUCCGUCUAAAAAAAAAAGGCAGGUUUGAAUGGUGGGGCAUAUUUGUCAUGUUCUCUGUACAACGAUAGAGGGAGAAGUAAUUGAGCUAGACCUUGACCAAUAUGGGACUAUGAGAGACAGAAUGGCCUAGAUGGGUGACGAAAGGUGUUCAGGGGAUGAUAGGUAUCCCUUUUGGACUAAGGACUACUGAUGGGGCUGAGUAGGUAAGGCUUGAAGGAGAACAGCCUGGGGAGGGUGAGACAAGAGGUAGGGAAACUGGUCAGACCACUGCUGUGGUCUGACCCAGAGUGGUGGCCCUGGAGGAGUAGAGGGUGGCUGUCUGAGAUGGAGGAGAGGUGAAGGAAUCAGAACUAGUGGGUUCAUAGGGCACAUGGGUUAGAAAGGAAAAAUAUCAUUAAGACAGUGAGGUUUCCAAGAUGGAAAUGGUAGCUUUGAUAACAAAAUUAGACAAGUUGGAGGGCUUACUAGCUAGAUUAGGCACUGAGCUGUAGGUGAAACUGGGAAUAUGAACCACUGGGAAAGACGGGUGGGCUCGAGCAGGGUGUGUGGGAUGAAAGAGAGAGGUCAGAAAAGGGAGAAUUAUCAUAGGUCAGAGUUUCCAGGCAAGAGAAUCCUAAGUGAGAGGUGGUCAUGGGGGAUACACCUUGGCUCUGGCCAUCUCUGGGGCCUUGGUGAGAAAGAUGAGCCAGCCCAGGGACAGGGAGAGGAAUGGGUGGGUGGCUGGGUAGAGGUCCCAGGUCCUGGAGGCAGACUGAGGGGCAGGCACGGAUAACUGAGUAUGUUUGAUGGGAAGCAGUGGAGCAUCCAAGGGGUGGGGUGGGUGGUGACCCUGAGUCUCAGUAGUGAAGAGAGAGACUUCUUCUUUCUGGCAAGUUUUAUAUUAGCAUCUAUUUUUCAUUUUUUCUUUUAAAGAUAUAUAAUCAUGUGCCACACAGUGACGUUUCAGUCAGUGACAGACCAGACCACAUGAAGGAUAGUGGUCCCAUAUUUUUACUGUACCUUGUCUAUAUUUAGAUACACAAAUAACAUUGUGUUACAGUUGCCUAUAGUAUUCAGUACUGUGAUAUUGUGAAAUAUAUAUUUGGUCUUGUCUCAUUUCUUGGCAUGCAACUUCUAAAAUCUUUGGACUCUCCGGAGUAAUGCCUUUUUGUAUGCUGGCCAGCAGCCCCUAGGUAGCUUCAGGAUGGGAGCUGGUGACAGGAAAGGCCAAGGCAGGCAUAGGAGGGUUGGGACUUUCAGCCUCACCUCUCAACCUCCGGAGAAGGGAGACGGGCUGAAGAUUAAGUUCAUCACCAAUGGCCAGUGAUUUAAUCAGUCAUGCAUACAUAAUGAAGCUUCCAUAAAAAUUCUAAAUGACUGGGUUUGGAAAACUUCUGGAUAGUUGAACACAUGGAGGCUCCUAAAGGAUGAUGUUCCUGGAGAGGGCCUGGAAGCUCUGCACCACUUCCCACAUGUCUGGCCCCAUGUAUCUCUUCAUCUGUAUCCUUUGCAAUACCCUUUAUAACAAACCAGUAGACAUGAGUAUUUGCCUGAGUUCUGUGAGUCGCUCUAACAAAUUAAUUGAACCCAAGAAGGGGAUCUUGGGAACCCCAAUUUAUAGCCUAUUGGUCAGAAGCACAGGUGAAACAACCUGGGAGACUCAGCCCUCAACCUGUGGGAUCAGACACUGUCUCCAGGUAGAUAGUGUUAGAGUUGAAUUAGCGCAGGGGUCCCCAACUCCCAGGCCUCAGACCUGUAUCAGUCCGUGGCUGGUUAGGAACCAGGUGGCACAGCAGGAGGUGAGCGGAGGGCAAUCCAGCACUACCACCUGAGCUCCACCUCCUGUCAGAUCAGAGGUGGCAUCAGAUUCUCAUAGGAGCACAAACCCUGUUGUGAACCAUGCAUGUGAGGGGUCCAGAUUAUGUGCUCUGAAAGAGAAUCUAGCUAAUGCCUGAUAAUCUGAGGUGGAACAGUUUGAUCCCGAAACCAUUCCCUGACCCCGUGGAAAAAUUGUCUUCCACAAAAGUGGUCCCUAGUGCCAAAAAGAUUAGGGACUGCUGAAUUAGAAGACACCCAGCUGGUAUCUGUGGCAGAAUUGAUUGCUUGCUUGUUAAUGGGGAAAAACCCUCACACAUUUGGUCACAGAAGUCUCCUGUGUUUGUUGUUGUGGUAUAAGAGGAGAGGAAAAACAGUGUGUUUUUUUCAUUUGGAACUACAGUAACAUGCUGUACAAGUAUGUAGCUUAGCAGCAAUUGGCUGUACCUUAUGGCCUAGAUGUGUAGUAGUCUCUACCAUCUAGGUUUGUGUAGGUGUACCCUGUGAUGUUCACACACUGAGGAAAUUGCCUCCAGCGAUGCAUGUCUCAGAAUGUAUCCCCAACAUUAAGUGAUGCAUGACCGAAGGUAGUUGGAGAGUAAACAUAUUUUGGGGAGAGGAAAGUAGGAUGAAGUGAGGUGGAGAAGACAGAUGUUCACAUCUUGUAGCUGACUGUGCUGUGCCUAUAGAGCCUGCAGCUUGGCCAUGCCUUGCAGUGUGGGACUGGCCACUCCCUGACCUGAGCAGCUGGCUAUCCACAGUCACUUUUGGUUGGUCCAUGGCAAAAGUGCAUUUGCAGUAGGUUCGUUUUACUGGUUAGGUUUUAGAGGCUCCUAUUCAAAUCAGUUUGCAGUUUUUGAACGUACUGACUCAAUUAUUAGAAGAUAACCUUUAAUUUAAAAGGCAAUGCAGAUGAAUUUAAAUGCAUCAGGUUAAAUCACAGUUACUGUGCUUGACUCUCAGAAUUUCAGUAAAAGAAAGUAGGCCCUGGAAAUGCCACCCCCUUGGCACCUACCUCCCAGACUCCUGGCUCUGUGUCUCCUGACCACUACUCAGGUCCUGCCAUUUUUAUGCAUCCAUUACUAUGAGGAAGAACCCAAUUUUGUUCAUUCAAUGGGAGGGAGGAAGAGCUCUUGAGAACCUGGUGUAUGCUUAUGCUUCAGGUUCAUUGUUUUACCAAUUUUAGAAUACCCCAGUGGGGUGGGUACUUUUAUCUCUCUUUUUACAAUUGGGGAGCUCGAGGCUUAGUUUGGUCAUGUUGUAAGUCCCUGUGGGGCUCCAACCCAGGUCAGUCUGUUUCCCAAAACCCUUCUGUUUGACUUUGCCGCUGAAGAAGAUACAAUGAGAUAAAGAGUCUUGGGCAUGAUGGCACACAGGUCAUCAGGAAGAAGGCCAUCAGGAAGUUGGACUAGAGGUGGGAGAGGAGAAGGAAUUAGGGGAUUUGGAAAUAGAGGGAAAACAGGUGAGCCUGAGGGAGGCACAGGAGCAAGGGGAGCAACAGAGCUGGCCAGUCCGUGUGUGGUGGGUCUGAUGCCUGCCUGCUCACCCCUGUCCCCUGUUUUGCCAACUGUCAGGCCACAGUGGUAAGCUGUGGCUGUCAGGAUGGCGGAGGAGCAGGAGUUCACCCAGCUCUGCAAGUUGCCUGCACAGCCCUCCCACCCACACUGCGUGAACAACACCUACCGCAGCGCACAGCACUCCCAGGCUCUGCUCCGAGGGCUGCUGGCUCUCCGGGACAGUGGAAUCCUCUUCGAUGUUGUGCUGGUGGUGGAGGGCAGACACAUCGAGGCCCAUCGCAUCCUGCUGGCUGCGUCCUGCGAUUACUUCAGAGGAAUGUUUGCUGGGGGAUUGAAGGAGAUGGAACAGGAAGAGGUACUGAUCCACGGGGUGUCCUACAAUGCUAUGUGCCAAAUCCUACAUUUCAUAUACACCUCCGAGCUGGAGCUCAGCCUGAGCAAUGUGCAAGAGACACUGGUGGCUGCCUGCCAGCUUCAGAUCCCAGAAAUUAUCCAUUUCUGCUGUGAUUUCCUCAUGUCCUGGGUGGACGAAGAGAACAUUCUCGAUGUCUACCGGCUGGCAGAGCUGUUUGACUUGAGCCGCCUGACUGAGCAACUGGACACCUACAUCCUCAAAAACUUUGUGGCCUUCUCCCGGACUGACAAGUACCGCCAGCUUCCAUUGGAGAAGGUCUACUCCCUCCUUAGCAGCAAUCGCCUGGAGGUCUCCUGCGAGACCGAGGUAUAUGAGGGGGCCCUUCUCUACCAUUAUAGCCUGGAGCAGGUGCAGGCUGACCAGAUCUCGCUGCACGAGCCCCCAAAGCUCCUUGAGACAGUGCGGUUUCCGCUGAUGGAAGCUGAGGUCCUGCAGCGGCUGCAUGACAAGCUGGACCCCAGCCCUUUGAGGGACACAGUGGCCAGUGCCCUCAUGUACCACCGGAACGAGAGCCUACAGCCCAGCCUGCAGAGCCCGCAAACGGAGCUGCGGUCAGACUUCCAGUGCGUUGUGGGCUUCGGGGGCAUUCACUCCACGCCGUCCACUGUCCUCAGCGACCAGGCCAAGUAUCUAAACCCCUUACUGGGAGAGUGGAAGCACUUCACUGCCUCCCUGGCCCCCCGCAUGUCCAACCAGGGCAUCGCGGUGCUCAACAACUUCGUAUACUUGAUUGGAGGGGACAACAAUGUCCAAGGAUUUCGAGCAGAGUCCCGAUGCUGGAGGUAUGACCCACGGCACAACCGCUGGUUCCAGAUCCAGUCCCUGCAGCAGGAGCAUGCCGACCUGUCUGUGUGUGUUGUAGGCAGGUACAUCUAUGCUGUGGCGGGCCGUGACUACCACAAUGACCUGAAUGCUGUGGAGCGCUACGACCCUGCCACCAACUCCUGGGCAUACGUGGCCCCACUCAAGAGGGAGGUGUAUGCCCAUGCAGGCGCGACGCUGGAGGGGAAGAUGUAUAUCACCUGCGGCCGCAGAGGGGAGGAUUACCUGAAAGAGACACACUGCUACGACCCAGGCAGCAACACUUGGCACACACUGGCUGAUGGGCCUGUGCGGCGCGCCUGGCACGGCAUGGCAACCCUCCUCAACAAGCUGUAUGUGAUCGGGGGCAGCAACAACGAUGCCGGAUACAGGAGGGACGUGCACCAGGUGGCCUGCUACAGCUGCACAUCUGGACAGUGGUCAUCCGUCUGCCCACUCCCUGCUGGGCACGGUGAGCCUGGCAUUGCCGUGCUGGACAACAGGAUCUAUGUGCUAGGUGGCCGCUCACACAACCGUGGCAGCCGCACAGGCUACGUGCACAUUUACGAUGUGGAGAAGGACUGCUGGGAGGAAGGGCCCCAGCUGGACAACUCCAUCUCAGGCCUGGCGGCCUGUGUGCUCACCCUGCCCCGCUCUCUGCUCCUCGAGCUGCCCCGCGGGACCCCUGACCGCAGCCAGGCCGACCCGGACUUUGCCUCUGAGGUGAUGAGUGUGUCUGACUGGGAGGAGUUUGACAACUCCAGUGAGGACUAGGCUCCCCGUGCCUGGUGUCAGAGAGAAAGGAGGCUGGGGCAGCAGGGCAGUGAAACCCACGCAGCCUAGGCCAGAGCACUUUACUCCAGGGCAGGGCCCCUGCCCCUGUUGGCCACAGCUUACGGGCCCUGCCCUCUUUCUUCACACCAGCCCCUUGGCCAGCCUGCCGCAGGCAUCUCAGGGCUGUGCAGAUCCCAGGCUGUGGAUUACGUCACAGCAGGAACUGCUUCUGAAAGGCUUUGGCCUUCCUCAGUAAGCCCUGGAGGGGUUGGCCUUCUCUCCUCCCUGCCUAGAUCAGUCCUUCUCCAAAGGGACCUGGGAACUGGCAGCCUGGGCAGGGGGGCUGAGGCACGUGGUAGCCCUCUUUCUGUGAAUGGGGUGGGGCUGUGGGAGCAGCUGGGGUUGGAGGAUGAGAGCUCCUGAGGGGCAGAGGAGCAGAGAUGCAUCAGCUCACCUGGGACUGGCUCUGUGAUAAAAAGACCCCUCCCUCUGGGUUUUCAGACCCCAUGUUGUUGAUCAAUGAAAUAAAGCAUCUUACAGAAGGUGUUAACUGUU